CGUUCCUUACUGAAAACUACUCUACCCAGACAACAAUGUUGCAGACAGCAGCACUGCAAUCUGUUAAAGACACUUAUGUAACAACCCGUUCCCAUUAUUUUUUUGUUAUGAAACGAAGAAAAUGCAGUAUUGUGUGACGUCACGUGCCCAGUGACUGAGUGGACUCUCCUCUUUGUCCUGUUGCUGACCACUAUCUUUUCAAUGACAUCCUACUGACUGAACGGUCAUUUGUUUUGUAAACUCUAUAGGCAACAAUACAUCCCACCAUGCAGUUGGAGGCCCAGCUGCGUCUUUGUCAGAGCUGUCUAUGGUGCUGCAAGAGCGGACUGCGCCUGCUCUUUCAGAGCUCUGUGCACAGAGCGGCAUUUAACCACUACGACCUUCUUGGUCUAAAACCUGAUGCCACACUGGAGCAAAUCAAGAAUGCAUUUUUCGAUAAAUCAAAAAAGAUGCACCCAGACAGUGACCCGUCUAACCCGGGGCUGCAUGGCCAGUUUGUGGAGCUGAACGAGGCCUACAGGGUGCUGAGUAAGGAGGUGUCCAGGAGAGAGUACGACCCUUACACUGGGGGACAGGCCUUCAGACCCACCUCCACAUACACCCAGAAUUCUACAGGAGAAUCUCAGGAGAGUAUGCGCUACUGGGAUCAGUUCAAACACUCUCAGCCUCAGGAGACCACAGCUGAGGAGUGGGAGAGGAAGAGGAAGAGGAACUUUAGAAUCGUUAGCUACUGUAUGCUCAUCAUGGGCCUGAGCAUCAGCACAUCACAGUUCUACUUCUUCAGUUUGGAGUCAAUCCAUAACAACUUCAUGGACGAGAAGGACAGGGUCAUCACACAGAUCUACAAAGAGUCCAAAGAAAGGGCAAGAGUGAACGGGUUUAAGAAGCAGACAGAGAUUCUCAGACAGAAACAUGCAGACUUCCUGGAGAAAUACAAAAUCACUCGCAACAGUGGAGAGGACAAGUAGGAGUUUCGUAGAAUAAGAGUACACCUUAAAACAAGGUAGAUUGAGUUGGCGGAAGGCCAAUGAAGAGGAAUGGAGUCAGUCAGGAAGGGGAGUGAACGGUUGAAUGUGUUAGGAGUAGUUAGCUUUCAAAGA